CAUUCCAACCAUUCCAGUCUCAGCGAACAAUCGGCCCUCAGUUAUUUAAUAGCAGCGCGAUCUCUCGCACCGCUCAGUCUGUUGUGAGAUCUUCUCAGACGCACACCUUAGCAGCGCGCUCUCUCUCUCUCAGAGCAACAAAUACUCUACAUCAUUUGCAGUUCCACUAAAUUUUAUUAGGAUUAAAUAAUAUACGCCGUGAACAACGUGCUUCCGUGGUGAGAAUGUAAAUUGAUCUGUGGUUUAUUAAGAAAUCAAAACAUCCAUCUCUUCAACACACCCCUUCACUUAUUUAUUCUCUGAUUGACUGAGAUGAGAACUGCUGAGGAGCCUUCUGGCACGGUCCUGCACCGUCUAAUCCAGGAGCACCUCCGUUACAGGAACUCCACAGACACCAGUACCCUUCUGGCCAUCCAGCAGCAGGCCCUGCGUGGAGGUAGCAACAGCAGCGGAGGAGGCGCUAGCGGAUCACCCCGCUCCUCCCUGGAGAGCCUGACCCAGGAAGAGUCCCAGUUCAUCCACAUGUCCACCAGACAGGACCCCCAGGGACAGGAGUACAAGGGAGACUACAACCACUGUGAGAGUGACUCUGUGUGUCACCUCUACCAGCUCCACAGACACGGAGAGGAGUUGCCCACCUAUGAGGAGGCCAAGGCCCACUCUCAGUACCUGGCCUCGGUAGGGGCCCAGCAGGGUCAGCCUCAGCUUGGUCUGAGACCUGAGAUGACGGAUCACCAGGGAGAUGUCCACUGGGACCUGAAACGGAAGCACGCCCGGAGCCUCAGUGAGCGUCUCAUGCAGCUCUCCCUGGAGAGAUCACGUGGAGACAUUCAGCCUCUCAGCUCCUCUCACAGUUACCCUCAACUGUCUAAUGGCCACUCUGGGCCUGUUGAACACCAGGGGACAGAGUUUCUCCAGUACCCUGAUCAGAGGGGACCUCCCCCAGACUACCCCUUCCUGGUCAAGCCUCCUGGAUACAUGCUCAGCCACUCACAGGAGACACCCGGACACUACCACCAGGACCCUCAUCCCUCAUUCCAAUCACAGAACAGGUACGUACCUUCCCAGCCCCAGGCUGAGCUGGUUCGACACAGUGUCCACAUGAGCCACAGCAACCCCAGUACUCACAACAGCAACCCCAGUACUCACAACAACACUGUCCAAAUGGACCUGUUGAGGGAGAAUGAGAGACUGAGGAAAGAGUUGAAGGGGUACAGCGAGAAGGCUGCCAGACUUCAGAAGCUGGAAGUAGAGAUCCAGAGGAUAUCGGAGGCCUACGAGACCCUGAUGAAGGGCUCAGCCAAGAGAGAGACCCUGGAGAAAACCAUGAGGAACAAACUGGAUUCAGAGAUCAAGAGACUACACGACUUCAACAGAGACCUCAGAGAUCGUCUGGACACCGUUACCAAACAGCAAGUCGUCAAGGAGGAGGAAUCGGCAGACAAGAAACAGCAGGUCUUCACCAAACUCCUGGAACAAAAUGAGGAACAGCAGCGGGAGGUGCAGCGUCUGCGUGGUUCCGGGGAGGUUCUGGAGCAGGCCCUGGGGUCGGCACAGGCCCGUAACCUGGCCCUGGAGGAGGAGCUUAGGAGGAAGAGGGCGUACGUAGAGAAGGUAAAGCGGCUGCAGAGUUCCCUGGGCCAGCUACAGGCAGCCUGUGAGAAGAGAGAAGCCCUGGAACUGAGGCUGAGGACCAGGCUGGAGCAGGAGCUGAAGAGCCUCCGAUCAGCACAGUCCCACAGCACAGCUAGCGGUCCUGGCUCCCUGCCCUCUGCUGUGAGCUCCAUGGUGUCUGUACAGCAGCAGCUGGCUGAGAGAGAAGAGAGGAUCCUGGCUCUGGAGGCUGACAUUACACACUGGGAACAGAAGUACCUGGAGGAGAGCACCAUGAGGCAGUUCGCUAUGGACGCGGCCGCGACCGCCGCAGCUCAGAGAGACAGCAGCAUCAUCAAACACUCACCCAACAACAGCUUCAACGACCACCUGCCCACCAGCCACAGACAUCAGGAGAUGGAGAACAGGGUUCGAGCUCUACACUCCCAGCUCCUGGAGAAGGAUGCAGUGAUCAGGGUGUUACAGCAGCGGUCUGGACGGGAACAGAACAGGCUAGAACAUCAGGCCCUCCGUCCAGCCAGGUCCGUCCCCUCCAUCAGCACCGAGCAGCAGGCCCUCCGUCCAGCCAGGUCCGUCCCCUCCAUCAGCACCGAGCAGCAGGCCCUCCGUCCAGCCAGGUCCGUCCCCUCCAUCAGCACCGAGCAGCAUUACCUCCGUCCAGCCAGGUCCGUUCCCUCCAUCAGCACCGAGCAGCAGGCCCUCCGUCCUGCCAGGUCCGUCCCCUCCAUCAGCACCGAGCAGCAGGACCUCCGUCCAGCCAGGUCCGUUCCCUCCAUCAGCACCGAGCAGCAGGACCUCCGCCCUGCCAGGUCUAUCCCCUCCAUCAACACUGAUGGCCCAGUGGAGCAACCCACCCGGGGGAAAGGGUGGAGCCUCUCUGAUGACCAGACGGUUGCUGCAAUGUCUCCUCUCUCCCUGCCACCCCACCCACACCCCUACGCCCCAUUGGCCCUGCCCGCCAUGUUGUUCCUGUCCGAGCCCCAGAGCAGUGACUGCAGCACCCAGUGUGACCGUGAUGUCCUAGCCCAGGAGACGGAUCUUACAGUGGAUCCCACCAGCAUGCUAGCACCCGCUGAGGCUUCCUCGACCUCGACACCUGCCUCCGAGCACUUCCUGGCACCACUCAACACACACCAGAGUCUCCGUAGUUCAGACGCAGCAGCAGAAGUGGUGGAAAUCCUCAUUUAAAAGAAACAUUGCACGCUGAACUGUGGGAUCCGCUGUGGAUGGAUUGUGACAACACGGUAGAGACGACCGAGAGAUCCUCAUGUCCUGUAUGUCCCUCCCAACGAGGAGAAGACAACCUGUCUGUCUGUCUGUCUGUCUGUCUGUCUGACCUCCAGAUGGACACUUCCUUUAGAGAAAGACAGACAGUUUGGAGACAGUGUGGAGAAGGUUUGGAGACAUGGACAUGUUCUCCCUACGUACCUACCUACCUACCUGCCUGCCUGCCUGCCUACCUACCUACCUGCCUGCCUGCCUGCCUACCUACCUACCUGCCUACCUACCUACCUACCUGCCUACCUACCUACCUGCCUACCUACCUACCUGCCUACCUACCUACCUACCUGCCUGCCUGCCUACCUACCUACCUGCCUGCCUGCCUACCUACCUACCUGCCUACCUACCUACCUACCUACCUACCUACCUACCUACCUACCUACCUGCCUGCCUACCUACCUACCUGCCUACCUACCUACCUACCUACCUGCCUGCCUACCUACCUACCUGCCUACCUGCCUGCCCGGGAAAGAAUCCAGAAGUGAAGCGAAGUAUUUAGCAGACAGAGCAGAGUGGAGAGCUGUACUUCCUGUUUCUCUCUUUCCACCUAGAAAAGUGAAGAGGAACUUUAGCUGUCCGUGUUCUCUAGUGGAUCUGCCACGUGUAACUGUGACAAUCUAAAGCCUCCAAGGUACACGGACAGGAUUCUGCAUCGCUGCACAGCCUCUAUGUCAUUGCUGUUAUGUUUAAUUUAAUGUAUUUAUAUUCUUAUUAAAGUGUUGCUCAUUGUG